CCAGAAGAAGAAGAAACAGAGGAGGAAGUUUGAGCUGCAUGAAAAUGUCCGACUCUUGAAGUUUGGAAGUUUCUGUUCUUGAGUUAACUCGGCUAAUAAGCUCUGCUUUCCAAAGCACGGCCGAAAUAUAUCUACGAGCUCUAGAUAAAGCCCAGCUGGAUACUACUCCAGGUGGAGGUGUCUCGUCCUCGGUCACAUCCAGACCUUGAAAAUAAGGCUGCAACCGGUCCCAUUCCUUGCAACAGAGGCAUUCCUCUUCUGUGGGCACUGGGGCACAGCAUUCACAGCCCUUUUAAGAAAAUGGAGUUUUUGAUCUGGCACACCUGGGACAGCGACCCCGUGACUCAUGACCCCAUCAGGAUCAACUUCUCUCCGGGACAAGGAGGGCUGAAGAUCGAGAUGUUUGGUCCCUUCUUCAAUGACCCAGCAGCUCCUGCAGGGCCACCCAGUCAGCCUUUCCCUGGACUCUGGGACUAUGAAGUUGUGGAGUGCUUCUUCCUCGACAGCACAAAAGAAAAUUACCUGGAAGUGGAGUUUUGUCCACAUGGGCAGCACCUGAUAUUACUGCUGUCAGGAGUCGGCCAAGCGUUCGUGCAACAACUGCCCAUGGUGUUUAAUGCCACGAUCAAAGGGGACGUAUGGAUGGGUGAGGCUCUCGUCCCCUGGGGGUACUUCCCUCCCAAUGUCAACAAGAUGAACUCCUACGCCAUCCACGGCUCAGGAGAGAAGCGCACAUAUGAGGCACUCUACCCCGUCCCCAAGGAGGACCUCGUGGAGGGCCAACAACCCAACUUCCACCGCCUGGAGUAUUUCAAAGAUUUCAGCCUGCAAAGCAUCAUGGGAGAAGACUGGGUCCAGCCAGAGUCUGGUCUUUGGGCUGGAAAAUCCUGAACUUCUUUUGCAAACUGACGAGGAACGGAGGCCGAUCAAUCUUUAUUAGUUAAAGAUGCCAAACAAUAAGAUGGGAAAUAUUUUGUCAGCACGUCAGAGCCCUCACACACUUCUGUACAGUCACACACACACCACACAUAAUUGAACAUCACCUUCGUUUGCCUCAGCAGAGUCUGAUGAAUUUUGAAUCAGUGCUGCUCUGUCACCUUUUUUAUUGAUUUCCUUUUACAAUUAAACUUAUUUACAUAUUGAUUAGCUUUUUUAUUUCUCUGUACAAUGUCUCUUUAAUUGUAUUUGUGAUGUCUGAUCAUGUUUCUUCUAUUAAAGCAAAGCUUCAUCA